AUGGCUCCGAACAUCGACUCGGCGCUGGGCACGGCCGACAUGGCCAACGAGCAGCGCGGCCUGCUCGAGCUCAUCGACAAGCUGCAGUUCGCCCAGCUUGACAACGUCAAACUACCCCAGAUCGUCGUCGUCGGCGACCAGUCGGCAGGAAAGAGUUCCGUUCUCGAGGCCAUCACCGGCACGCCCUUCCCACGCGAUGCGGGCGCAUGCACGCGCUUCGCGACCGAGAUUCGUCUGCGCAGAUCCAACGAGGCGAGCCUCAAUGUCUCCAUUAUCCCCGACAAGAACAAGACUUUUAAGGAGCAGGAGCGCUUGAAGCAGUUUGGCGGCGCCGUCGACACCGACAUGUCAUUCGAGUCGCUCAUGAGAUCCGCGGUGGACCUGAUUGCGCCAAAGAACAUCCCCGGCAGAUUUGCCGCCCGCGAUAUCUUGGUCGUUGAGAAGAGAGGCCCAGAUAUGCCCCUGCUCACGCUCGUCGAUCUCCCCGGUCUCGUCAAGAAUGCCAACAACGACCAGUCGAUGGACGACAUCAAGACCAUCGAGACCCUCUGCGACCACUACAUGAAGAGCUCGCGCACCAUUAUCCUCGCCGUUGUCGGCGGCAACACCGACUACGUGCAGGCGCCCAUUCUCACAAAGGCACGGCAUUUCGACCCCUCUGGGAGUCGCACCAUCGGCGUCCUCACGAAACCCGACCUCUGCGAGUCCAUCGGUCUCGAAGACAAGUUCAUCGAGCUUGUCCAGAACCGGGAUAAGCAAAACUACUUCAAACUCGGAUGGUAUGUCCUUCUCAACCCUGGACCUCGAGACCAGGGCCAGCCGUGGCCUUCCGCGCGCGAACGUCGCCAGCGUGAGGAGGAGUUCUUCGGCCGCGGAAAGUGGCGCGCCCUGCCCAGCUCAAUGUGCGGCGCCAACGCACUGAAGCAGAAGCUCAGCGUUCAGCUGCAACGCCACAUCGGCCGCCACGUGAAGACGCUGCGCAAGCAGAUCCAGAAGGCGCUCGAUGACUGUGACACGGAGCUCAAGUCCAUGGGCACCGGCAAGGACACGGUCGAGGAGAUGCGUAUCGAGCUCGUUGAGCUCUUCUCGGCCUCCAAGGAGCUGGUCAUCCCCGCCGUCUACGGUUUCUACAAGAACCCUCCUCGUAAGAACUUCUUCCGUGCUACAGCAGACCCUCGCGGCACGCCCGCUCAGAACUUGCGCGCCCGCGCCAUUGAGGAGAAUGAGAAGUUCUCGCACCGCAUCCGCCAGAAUGGGCGCAAGUUUGGCUUCUCAUCCUCAACGGCCCCAGGCACCGCGGAUGGUGUCACCAUCAGUGACAGCAGCAAAAGAGAGUUCGUCGGCAGAGAAGUCGAGAUGCUUCUGCGCCAGAUCCGCGGUUCCGAGUUUCCCAUGGACCCCAAGCCUCGCGCCGUCUACAUGCUCUUCCAGAGCUACUCCGAGAACUGGCCCAAGCUUGCCCAGGAACAUAAGGACAAUCUCGGCGUUGUUUGUAACGAGUUCCUGAGCGAGGUUAUUGACUUCGCGUGGCCACAGCGCAUGCGCGAACCGCUGCGCUACCAGUUUCUGGAUGUGCAGAUGAAGAAGCUCAUGUCAGACGCGCAGCAGGAGCUCGAACACCUCACGCAGGACAUGAACCUUGAAAUCCAGCCUUAUGACCCUGAGUACGAGGAGCGUCUCCGCAAGUGGCAGAUUGAGUCUACCAAAGACGGUGCUACGUACACCGAGGCGCAGGAGGUGUGCGAAAAGAUGUUGAUCUUUUACGAGCUGGCGGCCAAGACUUUCAUCCGCAACACGAUCACCCAGGUCGUCGAGAGACAUCUGCUGCAGGGCAUGUACAGCAUUUUUAACUCGGUUGAGAUCCUGAGCAUGCCGAACGAGACUGUCGAGGCGAUUGCUGCCGAGAACAAGGAGACGCGUGAUCGCAGGAUGACGCUCAAGACGCAGAAGACGGCGAUUGAGGAGGCCCGCGACAUUUGCGCCAGUUUAGCCAUGCGCAAAGAGCUGAGGAUGUACGCCGACGAAGAUCGCGACCUCGAGGAAAACAGUUCCGACUCAGACGAGGAUAAGCCUCGUCCAACAACAACCCGGAAGCCGGUCAACAACACCAGCCCGACGCGAGAAACACACCGUUCGACGCGAUCCCGCGACGAGCGUGAAGAGCGCCACGAGCGCCCGGUAGCAAGGACGCAGCCCUCCGCUGCCGAGUCCAUAUCGACAAAUGGCAACUACACAUAUGGCGGCCAGCAGACGCCCGCACAAGCGCCCGCUCCCGUCCAAGCUCACGCCCCUACCCCUCAACGAGUUGAGCGUACGGAGCCUCCCCGAACGAACACGAGCAACUCCGAGUGGGAAGAGGAGUACUACAGAGCACCCUCGCAACAAGCGCCGCCUUCUCAGGCACCUCCUCCGCCCCUCCCCGUCCUCAGAAGCUGA